AUCCUGUCAAGACAUGAGGGAGGAACUGUGGUGCUGUCGAGGUGAUGAAUCCAAGAAGAGAAAUGUACACUUUUAUUGAUUCCUGUGGGGAAGUUCUUUGCAUUUAAUCCAUCCUUAGUUAUUAAGGAGCCGUGGGCUGCUGUGAAGCGCCGGGUGGCAACUGGGGUCUAGUGUCUUACUCAAGGACACUUUAACAUACAAUUUAUGGGGAGAGCGAGGAUUGAACCGGCUACCUUGUGGUUACAGGACGACCAAUCCCCCUAUGAGCUACAGCCGACCCCCAAACCCACCCUUCACUGAAAGUAAUUUUUUUAAUUCUGCGUCUGUGUGCAUUUCCCACAUUCCAGCAUGUGUAGCACAGACUGGUGUGGAUGUGAGUGAGACGUGAACUGUAUGUAGAAUAGAAUAGAAUCAGCUUUAAUGGCCAUGUAGGUUUGCACAUACAUGGAAUUUGACUCCGGUUUCACUUUGCUCUUCCGUACUUAUACACACACACAAUAUACAAUAAGCGGGAUAAAUAUAAAAAAGACAUUAAAGACAGUAGUCAAAAAGUGCAGAUAGUGCAGAUGGAAGAGUCUGAUUAAUUGUUCAUCAGGUUGACGGCCAGUGGAAAGAAGCUAUUUCUGUGUCUGGUGGUUUUGGCGUACAGUGCUCUGUAGCGCCUACCAGAGGGCAGGAGUUGGAACAGCUUGUGUCCAGGGUGUGAAGGGUCUGCAGUGAUCUUUCCUGCCCGCUUCCUGACUGGCGGUGUACAAGUCCAGAAUGGAGGGGAGGCUGGAACCAAUGGUUCUUUCUGCAGACCUGACGAUCCGCUGUAGUCUGACUCUGUCCUGUUUGGUGGCCGAUCCAAACCACACAGUGAGAGGACAGACUGGAUGAUGGCGGAGUAAAAAAGGAUCAGCAGCUCCUGAGGCAGGUUGAACUUCCUGAGCUGGCGCAGAAAGUACAGCCUCUGCUGGGCCUUUUUGCGGAUGGUGUUAAUGUUGGAGGCCCACUUCAGGUCCUGGGAGAUUGUGGAGAUGUAAGCAUCAGUCUUGUAACAGACUGAGACAGCUGACCAGUCCAGGUGUUUGCCACCUCUCAUCCACGAACUGGGAUCCACCACAGUGGGCAGGUGAGGCCAUGUAGAUCAUGGAUUGAUGUUAAAGAUUACAUGAUUUGAAUAUAAGGACCUGAAAAUCAGUGUCAAUAGUGACAACACUAAACUGCCUCAGAACGAGAGCGGGACGAUCAAACAUUGCUCUGGUCAGAUGGGGCUCAAGACCGGCAGACCAGACCAUGGAGCACUGCCCUCUACACCAACCCUCAAAAGACAAUGCAGUGUUCAAUAACAAUGCAAAGAAACAGGAAACUCAUAUAACCGCCAUGCUUCAGUUAAACGAAAAUAAUAGAGGUUAUAAGGUCUAUGAAUCGAUAUUCAUAUAAUCUUUUAUCAGUCUCUGCGAGAGGUGGAAAAUAAGUAUUUGUUGUUUCUGUCCAUGUUAGUCUGUCAAUAAGAGCCUAAAGUAAACGGCAACUGUUUCAUCUUGUUCUCUCACAUCUUAGUUUAACUAUUUAUGUAUAACACUGUAAACAUGUUUUAUUGUUACCUCUGCAGAUGAAAUAUCUUUAGAGCAAUUUCUUUGGUUGGACUCCAUUGUUAGAUGCUGUCAAUAAAGUUUGAUCGAACAAAACAAACAAGCAUGAGGUCGAAUGCUCUGCAGUCUAUAUAUGAUUGUAUAGAGCGCGUGCGCGCGUCGGCCUUAAGACGAGCGAGCGUGCGUCAGCGGGGACGCGCCACAGUCAGACAAUGUCUGCACGGAGCCCAUCCGGAAGAACGAUGCAUCUCCUGAAACACUUCGCACGUGGGUGUCCGCCGGCCCCACUCUGUCCGUCUUUGCGGCAGCAUGUUCGGGGUAAGGCGGCAGGGCUGAAGCGGUUCAGCACGGCAGAAGCUUCCGUGAGGACGGGAGCUCUCGCCAUGGUGAGGGAGAGGUGCCUGACCAUGGCGACCUUAAACCCGCACGUGAAAGCGGUAGAGUACGCCGUGAGAGGACCCAUCGUCAAAAGGGCGGGAGACAUCGAGAGGGCUCUGCAGCAGCAGGUUAAAGUGUCCAGGAAAAUAAAGUGCUGAGUUUGCCACCAUCUCCAGCGAUCUACUGCAGUGUGUUGUGCAGCCUGACAGCAGCGGGAAGGAUGGACUUGUGGUACCUCUCCCUCAGACACCGGGGAGGAAUCAGCCGGUGGCUGAAGGAGCUGUGCAGAGCUGCAAGAGUGUCAUGCAUGGGGUGGGAGGUGUGGUUCAUCAGGGACGAGAGCUUUGCCAUCAUCCUCCCGUCCCCCACCACCUCCACAGUAUCCACAGGACACCCAGCACGCUGCUGGCCUUCUUUAUCAGCUUGUUCAGCCUCUUCCUGUCAGCCGCUGCCAUGCUGCUGCUCCAGAAGACCACUCCAUUUAAGAUGGCGGAUGCCACCACAGAGUCAAAGAAGGUCUUCAGGAGUGCUCCCUGCACUCCAAAGGACCUCAGUCUCCUCAGCAGAAAGAGGAGAGAAGCAGUCUUUCACUGAAGUCAUCAAAGCCAACAUUGGUGACGCUCAUGCUAUGGGCCAGCAGCCAAUCACUUUCCUCCGUCAGGUGGUGGCUCUGUGUUGUUUCCCAGAACUUUUGGAGAGUCCGGCUUUCCCUGAUGAUGCCAAGCAACGAGCCCAGCGCAUUCUGCAGGACUGUGGUGGACAAAGCCUAGGCUCGUACAGCGCCAGCCAGGGUGUGGAGUGUAUCCGUCGAGACAUUGCUGACUACAUCACACAUAGAGACCAGGGUGUACCUUCUGAUUGGAACAACAUCUACCUCACCACAGGGGCCAGUGAUGGCAUCAUGAGCAUCCUGAAGCUGAUAGUAUCAGGUCAGGGCACCUCCAGGACGGGUGUGAUGAUUCCCAUCCCUCAGUACCCACUGUACUCUGCAGCCAUAUCGGAGUUAGACGCUGUGCACAUCAACUACUACCUGGAUGAAGACCAUUGCUGGGCAUUGGAUAUUGAGGAACUGCAGCGAGCCUACCUCACCGCUAAACAGCAGUGUCAGCCCAGAGUCCUCUGUAUCAUCAACCCUGGAAACCCCACCGGUCAAGUGCAGAGUAAGAAGUGUAUAGAGGAGGUGCUCCACUUUGCCUUGGAGGAGAAUCUGUUUGUCAUGGCUGAUGAGGUUUACCAGGACAACGUGUACGCGUUGGACUGUCAAUUCCACUCCUUCAAAAAGGUCCUCUAUGAGAUGGGCCCUGAGUACUUUAACAAUGUGGAACUGGCCUCCUUCCACUCCACCUCCAAGGGCUACACUGGAGAGUGUGGUUUCCGUGGAGGCUAUAUGGAAGUGUUGAACAUGGAUCCACAGGUGGAGGCCCAGCUGGUCAAACUACUUUCUGUUCGCCUGUGCCCCCCUACCCCUGGACAGGCAGCAAUGGACGUCAUUGUUAAUCCCCCCAAAGUGCAUGAGCCCUCGUAUGCGCAGUUUAUCAAGGAAAAGAGCUCAGUCCUAGAUGUCCUAGCUCACAAGGCCAUGCUUACAGAGCGAAUCCUAAACUCAGUGCCUGGGAUCAAAUGCAACCCAGUCCAAGGGGCCAUGUAUGCCUUCCCUCAGAUCUUCAUCCCACCACGAGCAAUCCAGGAAGCCCAGUCCCAGUCUAUGGCUCCUGACAUGCUGUAUUGUCUCAAACUGCUGGAGGAAACUGGUAUCUGUGUCGUUCCAGGAAGUGGAUUUGGCCAGAGGGAGGGAACGUUUCACUUCAGAAUGACCAUCCUGCCAAGCCCAGAAAAGCUGGAAGUCCUCUUAGGGCAGCUCAAGGAAUUCCACCUCAGAUUUCUUGAAGAGUAUUCACAACAGGCACCUCAGAUCACACGAACUACACAAGACUAACACAGAGAAAAGUCAGAGCAACCAAACUGAUGCUUCAGUUGACAGCUUGUGUAAUGUUAAUAAAGCUAACAAUUGCUUUAUUUUUCCACACUGGAAUUAUCAGUAACAAAACCCCAAAACACAUCUUAUUAACCGGCCUGAUGGCCUGAAAAGGCUAGCAAUGCACUGGAGUCCCACUGAUAAUCUCACGAAAACCCAGAUUUUGUGAAUAUGGAACUUCCAAUACAUGGUGCUUAAGAAGAAGCGAUCUUAUCCUGAUCCCUCGGCUUUAAGCUAAAACCAACAAUGUAUGUAAUUGUAUCAUAAUAUAAUACAUUCCCUUGUAUAAUAUCUGGAGAUGUAUAAGGGGGACUAGGCGAUGCCAAUAAUGGAAGGGGGGUAAUUAAUAAUAUGUAUGUAUAUGUAUAAAUGAGGGUAUGUAUGUACGUGCAUAUAUAUGUGUAGGUAUUGGCAUAUUUUUUCUUAUUUAUAUUUCUUUAUUUUAUUUUGUAUGAUUAUGUGCUUGUGUAUCUUUAUUAUUGUGUAGUGUGCACUUCUUUUCUUUUUUAUAUGGCUAUCUAGAAAAUUACAAAAUGUGAUCACAAAAAAAUUAAAAGGUAACAAUUAGG